AAUAACUUGCAAGAGAACCAAACAAGGAGUAAUUAAAUUUCUUGUUUUCAUGUGUAGAUUGGUCUCAGAGAAAGCCUCUAUUUUCAAGAGAUCUGGCGUGGCUCAAUGCCAGUUCCUGAAGCAUACUUCGGUAAUUUGGAGUCCCUAAUUGUGCAUCAAUGUGAUUUUUUAUUCGAAGUAAUACCUCUUCAUUUACUUCCUUUUUUAAAUAACAUGCGAAAAUUGGAAGUUCAAAAAUGUAGUUCUGUCAAAAUUAUAUUUGAUGUGAAAUGCAUAACAAAAGACAAGACACUCCUACCAAUUAAAUUUUCAUUGAAAGAGUUGGUAUUAGAAAAGCUGCCGAAUUUGGAUAGCAUUUGGAAUGAAGAUCCUGAUGGGGUACUCAACUUUCAACUUAUACAGCAAGUGCGUGUUGAUACAUGUAAAAGCCUUACAAGCUUGUUCCCAAAAUCAGUAGCCAAGGAUUUUGUCAAUCUUGAAAAUCUAGAGUUGAAACAUUGUAAAAGCUUGGUGGAAAUCAUUGCAGGGAAUGAAACUACACCAAAAAGAGCAAUUUCAAACCUUAUUAAGUUCCCACGGUUGACUUUAUUGAUACUGUUGGAUUUACCAAGCUUCAAUUGUUUUUACUGUUCAUUGCAUUGUGUCCUGUUGAAGACACUGAAUGGUCAUGAUCCACAAAUUGAGGACGAAGUCUCUUUCAAAGAGGUUACUCCUAAAUUGACCAACUUCUUGUUUGAUGAAAGAGAAGCAAAAAUGAUUGGACAUGAAGAAUGUGACGGAAGCCACUUUUGCGACAUAAAUGUUUCUGAUAUGCAGAGUUUUAAUGUUGAGCUUGAGUCUGAUGAACUUCCAUAUACGUUUCUCCAAAAAGUGUCCUGUAUAAACACUCUCCAAAACUAA